CUUGCUUCCGCGGUAAUAGUGCUUGGCGACAUGAUGAAGCUAAUCUAAUGAUCUACAAUAGAAAUUUUAGCAAUAUAUUCAAAAUCUCGUAGUCAUUAGCGCAAAUGCCAUGAUUGAUAUAGUUUAUCCUCUACACUACCCCAACUUGCUCUAUCACCAACAUGCAUGGAUAGAUAGAUAUCUAUAUCUAUCGGAGACGGCCGUUGAUACGCAUCGCGGGAUCCCUGUCGGCGUCCGGAUGUAGUAUCAAGACGCGGGGCUCUCCAUCGUGGGAGAAAAAUCAACGACUAUCGAUGCGGAAUUGAAAGAUUGCCUUUUCCUCUUUCACAUCGAUAUCUAUUGGUAGAAUGCGGGUGGCUGGUAUCUUGAUACGGCUGAUAACCGUGGUGUAUGUAUUACCUAGCUGUAAUUACUUUUUUAACCUUCAACGGCUUCGGACUUCGGACUCGAUACUAAGACAUGCACGAUGUGGCUUUCGUUACUGCUGCAAGUAGUUUUGCUUUACUUCAGCCCGGUCUUCUGUCAUGACGAUCACCAUUUCCACUCAAGAUCACACCAAACGCUCAUCAGCGACCCGACGCUCUCGAUAAAUGGCGUCUCCUUCAGUACCAGAGCGUACUGGAUGCGACAAGCCAACCUCGCUCUUGGCAAGCCCUGCCCUUAUGCCGCGUUUGGCGCUGUAGUCGUAAACCAUACGGGCGGUUCGGGGCUUGGGGAACUCGUCUGCACAGGCGCUAAUAGCGGGAGCUCAACCGGGAACCCGACGCUGCACGGAGAGAUGUCUGCAAUCGAUAACUGCUCGCGCAUCCUGACCGACCCAUCGGGACCGUACAAGCUCUCCCCUAGCGAAGCAAUCGCCGCCUUCCCAAGCCUCACGCUCUACACAAACGCCGAGAGUUGUCCCAUGUGCGCGUCUGCGAUCAGGUGGGCUGGGUUCCGGGAGUACGUAUACGGAACGACAAUCGACGCGCUCAUAGCCAAAGGCUGGGGCCAGAUUCGAAUUUCAUCCGUUGAAGUAUUCCGACAGUCUUUCGACCUGUCGCAUUCGAGUAGGCUGAUCGCUGGCGUAUUAACAAACGAGACGGAUCCGUAUUUCUUCUGGCAGAACGAUCCCACGUAUCCGUGUCCGAAGGGGUGUUCGCGGGUAGGGGGGACUUGCCAGGCUGAUUAGAAAAGAGUAGAUUUGUAAAAUGAAUUGUAU